CAUCACAAUAUCACAUAGCCAAACUCACAUCGUUUUUCCUAUUCCAGCUACCUUCCUCAAUAAAUGUUUACACUUACCAACUUAUCUCUCUCUCUCUCUCUCUCUCUCUCUCUCUCCACAUAUAUAAAAUACCAAAAAGUGCCAUACAGUAUAUUUGAUCUUUGAAUAUAUUUUGGAACCUUGGAUAUUGGAGAUGGGUCUUGAUCUCGAAUCCAUAUCAGAGGCAACUUCAGGGGCUAUAGGAUCCCUCGUCAGCACCACAAUCCUUUACCCACUUGACACCUGUAAGACCAAGUACCAAGCCGAGGUCAGAGCCCAUGGCCAGCAAAAAUACAGGAACCUCUCAGAUGUCUUUUGGGAAGCAAUUCAAAAUCGCCAGUUUCUUUCGCUUUACCAGGGCCUAGGUACAAAAAACCUGCAAUCCUUCAUUUCACAGUUUGUCUAUUUUUAUGGGUACAGCUACUUCAAAAGAUUAUAUCUAGAAAAGAGUGGUGCCAAAAGAAUCGGAACAAAAGAAAACUUAGUUCUUGCUGCUGCUGCUGGAGCAUGCACUGCCAUUUUGACACAGCCCCUCGACACAGCUUCCUCAAGGAUGCAGACAAGUGCCUUUGGGAAAUCCAAAGGGCUCUGGAAGACCCUUACAGAGGGAAAAUGGACUGACGCAUUUGAUGGGCUUGGCAUCUCUCUUCUGCUGACCUCAAACCCUUCAAUUCAGUUUACAGUAUUUGAUCAAUUGAAAAACAGACUCCUGAAGAAAAAACAGGAUAAAGCAGGGAAUGGUUCAUCACCAGAAGCCCUUUCUGCCUCCUCGGCCUUUGCGUUAGGUGCAAUUUCAAAGACUAUUGCCACAAUUCUGACAUAUCCUGCAAUCAGGUGUAAGGUCAUGAUCCAAGCUGUGGACUCAAACGAUAAUGAAACUGAUAAAGCUCAGAAAAAAUCCCGCAAAACUGUGCCAGGAGUUAUUCGUGCUAUAUGGAAAAGUGAAGGGGUACCAGGCUUUUUCAAGGGAUUGCACGCUCAGAUCUUGAAGACUGUUCUGAGCUCGGCACUGCUUUUGAUGAUCAAGGAGAAAAUCACUGCAUCUACUUGGGUUCUUAUACUUGCCACCAGAAGGUUCUUAUUGCUCUCAAGGGGUGGAUUAAAAAAUGCUUGAUGGUAGCAUAUGGAGGGGGAUUUGCAUAAAUCCAAUGUAUAGGGUGAGUUUUUAUUUGGUUUCAUUGGAACAGAUGACUUCAUAGAGCUGGCUCAAUUUCCUGGGUAGAAACUUCUUAUUAUUUUUUGUAACAAAGAAUUCCUCCUGAAGUUAAAGAGCAAUAAUGGUAAGGCAUGCAUGUUACAUGAAAGAAAUGCCAAUCCUUGCAGAGGAAAUUUUCAACUGAGAAAUAAUGUAUCGCGGUCAAAAUUUUCUGCAAAUAUUGAUUAAACUUACGUGUAUAAUUAUUUGUUGAGUUUCAUUCUGAGAUGAAAUUUCAUAUUUUCCUAUU